UGAUUAUCUCAACACUCAAGGGGGAAUGACAUCUAAUCACACUCUAUGACUUAAUGCCGCACUCAUCAAGGAUAAGUCCGCUACGUCAGAAGUCUGCUUCGGUGCUAGGAUGAUGAGGAUGAUGUAUACCCAGGCCAACCUAACCCCAUCUGCGGCAUGUGUCUCUGUGCCACUGUAGCAUUGCGGGCCGUAUGGAGCCGCACACUUGCCGGUCCUAUCGUAUCGUAUCACACACCUAGCACAUUUGCUUCCAACCCGGCCUUUUUCUUGAUCAAGCUACGAGUUCCCUCUUGUGCAUAGAGUAUUUGUCAACACUCUGUCCAGCCAGCCGUCUUCUACCUCCCGCCUUGAGCCACCGAGAGAAAGUAGAUCCACACAGCACUCGAACCAUGGCAGGCUGUCCCGUCCGAAAGGCACAGGUCAUCCACGCGCCGUCCCGUCCGGUCAUUACUGGCCGGAGAUCAGUCUUCCUCGCAGGUACCACCAGCCGAACAGCGGGGUCGGACUGGCGAGAGACCCUCGCCGACGCUAUGUCCCACCUACCCGUGACAAUCUUCAAUCCGCUCCGACCCGACUGGGAUAGCUCUUGGAGGGAGGAUCCGACCUUCACCCCGUUUCGAGAGCAGGUGAUAUGGGAACUCGACAUGCAGGAGCAAGCCGAUCUGAUCGUCGUGUAUUUUGGCCCAGCGACCGAUGCCCCAGUCAGUCUGCUGGAGCUGGGCCUAUGUGCACGCGCAGGCAAGGCCAUUGUUUCGUGCCAUCCGAAAUACAGAAAGCGUGGAAAUGUACAGAUAGUGUGUCAGAGAUUCGGGAUACAGUUCCUAGAUGAUGAGAAGGAUUUUGGGUCGGCGGUUGUGGAGAGACUCAAGGGUCUGCUAGGGCAUACGGACGCAGGGCGGUGAAUGGCCACUGGCCUUCAGGAAAAGAGGAGGGCUAGACAUGCGCAAUUCUGGCCAUUUCUAUUGUUGCAGCACCGGGGGGUUACAGGGCCGCUAGGAUAUGUGUUCGGCAUCGCGCUGCAUCGUCGUUUUCGGGGGAGAGGGAACGGGCAACGCGCAACUGGUUGAGCGCACUGCGUUAAAUGGAGGCCGUAGCUCGUUCCGUUGUGGGUCGUCUGUCUUGCUGGACUGUGAAUUGAUAGCGUGCUUGACAAUCAACAAUGGCGAGUUCUAUGCCGCCAUGUCAAAUUGAGGAAGCUUGACAGUUGCCAAUGCUCACGGAGAACGGGAC